AUGGUGACCUUUGCCUUGGAAUUGGGCCAGGGUCAGCACGUACUUUCAUCUUUGGUUUCGCUUACACCUUCUGCCCGCGCCAAAAGCACGGCAUUCGAACUGGAGCGGACGCAGGUAGAACAAAUUGAGGACCAGCUGCGAGACAAGCAGGGCGUUGCAAAGAAACCAGGUAGUGGUGGAGGCCCAUUCGGCGGUUUGGCUGGUGCAGUUGGGGGCCUCGUGCUGGGCAGCAAAGGCUCCAAGCAUGCUGGAGAUGGCCGCAUUGGUGCUGGAAAGAAGUCGCAGCAAGGCAUGCUGAAUGAUGCACUGGGUGGCAUGGGAGUCGCCGGAACGCUGGCCAGCGGCGCCUUAAACACUUUCGGGCCAUCACUGCUGGGCAAAGCAAAAGGUCCUGAGAUUGCGGAGGAGCGGACGGAAUCUGGCACGGAGAACGCGGAGGUCAAAGCACAGAUGACCGGAGAAGGAGAGGAUGUGGCUCCUGUUUCGGAGGUGGCUGAGCAGAAAGAGGUGGAUGAAGCCGAGGACCAGGAAGGCGAAGGUCCACCACCUGGUGACAUUGAAGAGAAGAUGGGCAAGGCUCCUGACAUUAGCGUUGCCGACUUGUACAAGUACUACACAAACCGCCUGGCACGGCGUGCCAGACAGGCAGCCAUGAUAGCAGACCAGGCGGUACAGGAGGCCUGGAAGCAGCAGCAGCUGGCACGGUACUGGAAUCGACAGGCCCUGGAAGCUGAGGCCGCUGCAAGAAAGGCUCUGCCACCAAAGGUGGAUGACGAGCGCUCUACGUGGCAGCUCAAGGUGCCACCUGGAUGGGAAGUGCCUCCGAGCCCAAUCGUUUCUGCCCAUGAUCCUCGAUCAGUCACUAUAUAUUCUGGCACAAUGUCGUCAGGGUUGGUGAUGGCUGGGACUGUGGCUAGCAUUUGGGAGAGCAACCUGAAAAGCCACAUGCUUCGCAUUCAUACUCCAUGCAUGUCCUGGAUCGGCUCCGGCCAUUUCAGAAACAUCCACGCAACAGUGAGGUCCAGCGGCCAGAUGCCCAUUCAGAAGAGGAUCAGUUGCGACCUUUUUUCCUACAAUAACUUAAGAAUCGAUGCAGCCAUGGACGCAGUGCAUUCCAUGCCUGCCAAAUCAGGCGGCAACCAAACAGGUCUCCCAGAAAUGUCAUUCAACGAGGCAGUGCACGAGGUCUUCCUUCCAUUGGAAGGGGAGGUGUGUGAUGCAUCCGCGACUGUGUUCCUGUCUAUUCUGUGUGCCAUUGGCCUGGCGGUUAGUCUCUUUGGAUACCGGAUCUACAAGGUGGCAUUCCCAUUCUUUGCCUUCCUUGUUGGGUUCGGCUUGGAGGCACUCAUUGGUUCGCACUGGGUGAACUUGGUGCCAGACGAGGCCACAACAGUGAAGAAGGUGAUCGUGCUGGUAUGCUGCGUGCUCUGGGGAACUUUGGCAGCGGUGCUUGCCCAGAGGUGCAGGCAAAGCAUUGAAAAGGUGCUGGGCAUUGUUUUCGGCGUGUUUCUGGGACUUGCUGUGACAGGCAUCCUCGUGUAUGCUCUCCAGAGGCCACUGAGCAAUUCAUUUGGGCCUGCCUACAAGGGUUGGGACCAAUUUGGAGGUGUCACCCUCGGAGUCCCGCUUGCCAUGCUAGCGGGGUACUUGUGCAGGUCUUGGGUGAAGCACCUCAUCAUGUUUAUCACCGCCUUCUUCGGCGCCUGGGUUGCGUGGCUUUGCGCUACGAACUUGCUGAAGUGCGCGGAGGUUGAGUCCGAACUGCUGAAUCGACACAUCAUCAACGUGGUCAUUGUCAUAGGCCUCGGCUUUCUUGGGCUCAUCGCGCAGAUCUUGUGGCAGCCUCGUGGAGAGCGCAAGAUGCGCGAAGUGGCGGGUGCAGGAGAAGUAUAA